CAGAAAAAAAAGUAAAUAAAUUGUCAUAUCUGAUCUCUGACUGAAGAGUGAAGUGAACGACGAACAAAACUAUAUUUUAUUUCAAUUCGAAGAACUUGCAAGCAAAUACCUAGUAGCUUAUUUAUAGUUGACGAGCGGUACUUUAAAAGCCUCUAAGUACUAUGGCAGAUGAUAACUUCGAGACGUUUGAAGAUGAUGAACCUGAUGGUACUGUGGUGCUGUCUGGUAAAAAAAGAAUUUUCUCUAAGGAACUUCGUUGUUUAAUGUAUGGAUUUGGAGAUGAUCAGAAUCCCUAUACUGAGAGUGUCGAACUUCUUGAAGAUUUGGUUAUUGAAUUCAUAACAGACAUGACACACAAAGCAAUGGAAAUCGGUAGAACUGGUAGAGUCCAAGUUGAAGAUAUUGUUUUCCUCGUCAGAAAAGACCCCCGAAAAUAUGCCAGGGUUAAAGAUCUCUUAACAAUGAAUGAGGAACUGAAAAAAGCUAGAAAAGCUUUUGAUGAAGUUAAAUAUGCAGUUUCAUCUUGAACAUGGAGAAUUGAAACAUUUAAACAAACUGAGUACAACAGCUUGAAACUGGACAGAAGUAUAAAAUAUGAGGAAAGUACUAUAGUAUAGUGGAUAUCAUGAUUUGGGGCUAAAAGGCCAAAAAACAUUAUAUUUUUAUAUUUGAAAAUAAAACCUUUCUUAAGUUAA